UUUCCCUUCUUCGUCGCCAUCCUGAGAGCAGUUGAGGAGGAGACAUAGCGGACUCUGUCGGGUUUUUUUCAGUGAUGUGUUUCUAGGUAACUUAGUAGAGUCUCGUGGAAAAGCUCAUUUACGUACUUGAUUUUAUCGGACUCUCUGUAUUUCGGUUGCGAAAAAACACAAUAGUGAUAUUUGUGUUCGAAAAACUCGGUUCGAGAAAGAGGGAGGCGUGAAAGGAAAACUUUUUGUGCCAAGGUGAAGAAAUCGAGGUUUGUUUUUGUGAACGUGUCCGUAUAAAGGCAGAAGUUCGGGAUGUCUCUCUCGGUACCUCAAAACGGUGUGAAGGGGGAUAACGAAGCCGUCAUCGAGCUUUUUGUGAAGGCGGGCAGUGAUGGAGAGAGCAUCGGCAAUUGUCCAUUUUCUCAGCGUCUCUUUAUGAUCCUGUGGCUAAAGGGUGUGGUCUUCAAUGUAACCACUGUGGACCUUAAGAGAAAACCAGCUGAUCUGCAGAAUCUAGCCCCAGGAACCCACCCUCCCUUCAUCACCUAUAAUGGAGAGGUCAAGACAGAUGUCAACAAGAUCGAAGAGUUCCUAGAGGACGUCCUCUGCCCUCCAAAGUACUCUAAACUUGGUGCAAGACACCCAGAAUCCAACACUGCAGGGAUGGAUAUAUUUGCCAAGUUCUCUGCCUUCAUUAAGAACUCCAAACCUGAUGCCAAUGAGGCAUUGGAAAGGGGACUGCUGAAGACCUUGCAGAAGUUGGAUGAGUACCUGUGCUCUCCUCUACCGGACGAGAUCGACCACAACAGCAUGGAGGAGGUGAAGGCCUCUGUGCGCAUGUUCCUAGACGGUAAAGAGAUGACUCUGGCUGACUGCAACCUGCUGCCCAAACUCCACAUCGUUAAGGUGGUGGCAAAGAAGUACAGAGGCUUUGAGAUCCCUAAAGACAUGACGGGCAUCUGGAGAUACCUGAACAAUGCCUACAAGCGUGAGGAGUUCACCAACACAUGUCCCAGCGACAAGGAGAUUGAGAUCGCCUACGCUGACGUAGCAAAACGGCUUGUCAAAUAAUGGCUCAAAAUCUCCUCCACUCCCCUCCCUGCGCUGGGACUGUUUAAUUUUCAUCACAUGAGAAAGAGAAAAAAAAAACAAGCUUAUGGACUCCUUUUUUCCUUCUCUUUUAUUUAGAGUAAAUACCCAAUGCAUGAUUUCUCCGUCCUCCGUUACAGCUCUUUAGGACAUAUCAUACAAUUUCGGUGUGGCCGAAAGGCUGUUUUUCUUUGUCCUAGUUUAAGUGUUAAAGCAGAAAAUGCCAGAUACUCUCAGUUGUAUCGAUGGCUAACAGCGUGUGAGCAUGUGGCUCACGCAUAUCUAUUUUUCUCACCCACACUAUGUAGCAAUAACAGAGUGGGUUCACCAGCCUUUUGUUUUAUUAUGGAUUUAAAAUAUGAAAACAAUGCUUUUUCGAAGCUUGUAUUUUGUUUUGUUUGUAUCUAAAUGCAUUUGAACAGUGUUGAAAGCUCCAGUGUUUAUUUUCAGAGUUUUAGAGAGCAGUGUAGCCCGCUGAACACACCGACCGAUGUCUCAAAAGACGCUUUACUGAUUUCAAUGAAGUGCAUAUUGACUUGUGAUGUUCAAUACUCAAAUAUGAAGUUCAUAUCAUAUACAUUAGUCAUCAGUUGUUUGCAGAAAUGGCACCUUUCAUACCAUGUAGUAAAUUCGUAGCACCUGUGGCCUUUGGAUGAAAGAAAAGCCUCUUUAACAGAGACUAUAGAUGCAUGAAGAGAUUCUAUAGAUCUGCCUUAUUCACUCUAGAUUCGUUAUUUAAUGUUGAGAGUGCCGCGCCAUCAUAACUGCAUCCCAUGGCACGAAACACAUGAAGGGAAAUGCCUGUGUAGCUCUAGAGGUAGAACUACUUCACUUGAAGUGUCCUUUACAAUUUGAAGAGUAGCAAAAAAAAUUUUUGUUUUGUUUUUUAAGGAAAUGGUUUACAAGGGGCAUCUCAUUUAAAGAAGAUGAAUUGUUUUUAACAUGUGGUGUUAUGAAGGAUGGUUAUAUAGACAGAAAAAUCUUACCAGAUUAGUCUAUCAAGUUUGAUUAAAGGCCCAGAGUAAAAUACUGCAUUUUAUGUUGAGACAAUGUUGAGUGUAAACUUGAUGUUUCUGAUUUGACGAAAGAUAAUAUUGAAAGAAAUUGGUUGCCAUUUGUUUUCUUGUUUUUUCAAUUCUAUUUGGGAAAGAGAAUUGUUUUUUUGAGGGGGGGAUUAACAUGCAAUGUUUAUACAUUCAUGAACUGAAUGUAAUAGAAUGAUACUUGUAAUGACACGUCUGGCCUUACACCUUUCCUCAAGGUAGCAAAAAAGAAAACGUGGUUGGAAGUGAGUGAGUUGCUGCCCGGUGGGAACAAAAAAAAAAAAAAAACAGGAAGUUUAUGUUGAAGGAGGGCUUGUUUCCUUUUUCCACUCCUCUGCUUAUGCCGAUCCAUCAAUGGAGUGGACGGUUGAGUGAAAAUGUAGGGAUUUUUCCAGUCUGCCAUCCUUUCACUUUGACUUCUCUAAUGGAGAUCAUUGGCAAGUUAUUAGAAAGUUGGGUCAGGGCCCCCUUUUUAAAAUCUGUUUUCAGCUUUGUGCAUUUAAAGAAAUUGCAUUUUUUUUUUUUGAGAGAGAGAGAGAGAUGCUCCCUCCAGACUAUUCAGAGUAACUGAAUGUUAAAAUGUUGCUCUUUGUAGGUUUCUGAUUGGGUCUGUGUGUGUGUGUGCAAGGAACAGGUUUGACAUUAUGAAAAUACUGCAUGUUUGCCAUAUGCCAUCGCACUCUCAUUAAAUAAACUGCUGGCAGCUAUGACAAAUUU